AUGGAAGGAGGAGGAGGAGGAGGAGGAGGAGGAGGAGGAGGAGGAGGAGGAGGAAGGAGGAGGAGGAGAGAUGAAAAGAAGCAGGAGCUGAGACUCGCAAGAAGUGUGAUAUGGAAGGAGGAGGAGGAGGAGGAGGAGGAGGAGGAGGAGGAGGAAGGAGGAGGAGGAGGAGAUGAAAAGAAGCAGGAGCUGAGACUCGCAAGAAGUGUUGAUAUGGAAGGAGGAGGAGGAGGAGGAGGAGGAGGAGGAGGAGGAGGAGAUGAAACGAAGCAGGAGCUGAGACUCGCAAGAAGUGUUGAUAUGGAAGGAGAGGAGGAGGAGGAGGAGGAGGAGGAGGAGGAGGAGGAGGAGGAGGAGGAGGAGGAGGAGGAGGAGAUGGAAAAGAAGCAGGAGCUGAGACUCGCAAGAAGUGAAGAAGGAGGAGGAGGAGGAGGAGGAGGAGGAGGAGGAGGAGGAGGAGGAGGAGAUGAAAAGAAGCAGGAGAAGCUGAGACUCGCAAGAAGUGUUGAUAUGGAAGGAGGAAGGAGGAAGGAGGAGGAGGAGGAGGAGGAGGAGGAGGAGGAGGAGGAUGAAAAGAAGCAGGAGCUGAGACUCGCAAGAAGUGUUGCUAUGGAAGGAGAAGAAGGAGAAGGAAGAAGAAGGAGGAGGAGGAGGAGGAGGAGGAGGAGGAGGAGGAAGGAAGGAGGAGGAGGAGGAGAUGAAAAGAAAGCAGGAGCUGAGACUCGCAAGAAGUGUUGA